CACGAAGAGAAAAAAGAGAUAAUUCCAGAGAAAAUUAAAAUUCUAUUUUUCUUUAUAUUUUACGGUUCUAUUUAAUUGUUUUUAAACACGAAUGUUUCUCAAAAUAAUUUAUAAAGCAAAUAGAUAAAAAAUAUUUGUAUAAAUAAUGAUUUAACACUGUUUUGUUCUUGAUUUAAAUAAGCAAAGAGAAAUUUGACUGAAAAGAGAUAUUUCGUCUUGAGCACCGCUGCCGGUAACAAGAAGUAAAUUAUUCAACGUUAAAUUUGAAAAAUCAAAGUGAAGAAAAAGUAAACGUUAAAAAAAGUCGUGAAAGAUAUUUUAAAAAGUCAAUUGAAAGAUUUUCCGAAAUCUAUACUAACUUCGUGAAAGACAGCAAACAGAAAGAAAAACACAAUGGUAGCUAUUGGUAUUGAUUUGGGCACAACCUACUCCUGCGUUGGUGUCUUCCAACAUGGCAAAGUGGAAAUCAUUGCCAACGACCAGGGCAAUCGCACAACACCCAGUUAUGUUGCCUUCACCGACACCGAACGGCUAAUCGGUGAUGCGGCCAAGAACCAGGUUGCCAUGAAUCCCAAGAACACAGUCUUCGAUGCCAAACGUUUGAUUGGUCGCAAAUAUGAUGACCCGAAAAUUAUGGAGGAUAUCAAACACUGGCCCUUCAAAGUGGUCAGUGACAGUGGCAAACCCAAGAUCUGUGUGGAAUUCAAAGGUGAACAGAAACGUUUUGCUCCCGAAGAGAUCAGCUCCAUGGUGCUGACAAAGAUGAAGGAAACAGCCGAAGCGUAUUUGGGUAAAUCAGUCAACGAUGCAGUGAUCACAGUGCCAGCCUACUUCAAUGAUUCGCAGCGUCAGGCAACCAAGGAUGCUGGUCGCAUUGCCGGUCUGAAUGUUUUGCGGAUAAUCAAUGAACCCACAGCAGCCGCCUUGGCGUAUGGCCUCGACAAGAACCUGAAAGGAGAACGCAAUGUAUUGAUCUUCGAUUUGGGUGGUGGCACUUUUGAUGUUUCCAUUCUGACCAUUGACGAGGGUUCACUUUUCGAAGUACGUUCGACGGCAGGAGAUACGCACUUGGGUGGUGAAGACUUCGACAAUCGUCUGGUUAAUCAUUUAGCCGAUGAAUUCAAGAGGAAAUACAAGAAGGAUCUGCGUUCUAAUCCUCGGGCUUUGCGUCGCCUGAGAACAGCCGCUGAGAGGGCUAAACGUACAUUGUCCUCGAGCACUGAGGCCACCAUCGAAAUUGAUGCCUUGUUUGAGGGCAUUGAUUUCUAUACGAAAGUAAGUCGUGCCCGAUUUGAGGAAUUGUGUGCCGAUCUCUUCCGCCAGACAUUGCAACCCGUGGAGAAAGCUCUCAACGAUGCUAAAAUGGACAAGAACGAUAUCCAUGAUAUAGUCUUGGUGGGUGGUUCAACUCGCAUUCCCAAGGUUCAAAAUUUGCUGCAACAGUUCUUCUGUGGCAAGAGUUUGAAUUUGUCCAUUAAUCCCGAUGAAGCUGUGGCCUAUGGUGCAGCAAUUCAAGCGGCAAUCCUCAGUGGAGAUAAGAGUAGUGAAAUCCAAGAUGUUUUACUGGUUGAUGUGGCACCUCUAUCGCUGGGUAUUGAAACUGCUGGUGGUGUAAUGGCCAAGAUCAUCGAGCGCAACACACGCAUUCCUUGCAAACAGACUCAAACAUUCUCCACCUACUCCGAUAAUCAGACAGGCGUCACCAUCCAGGUGUUCGAGGGUGAACGUGUAAUGACCAAGGAUAACAACCGGCUGGGCACCUUUGACCUGUCCGGCAUUCCUCCAGCUCCAAGAGGUGUGCCCCAGAUUGAAGUGACAUUCGAUUUGGAUGCUAACGGCAUUCUAAAUGUGUCCGCCAAGGAAAUGAGUUCAGGCAAUGCCAAGAAUAUCACCAUCAAAAAUGACAAAGGACGUCUAUCGCAGGCGGAAAUCGACAGAAUGGUUAAUGAGGCCGAGAAGUAUGCCGCUGAAGAUGAAAAGCAACGCAACAAAAUUGCUGCCCGUAACAAUCUGGAAAGUUAUGUGUUUGGUGUGAAACAGGCACUGGAUCAGGCCGGCAGUGACAAGGUGUCGGAGCAAGAAAAGAGUGAAGCAUUGAGAGCCUGCGAAGAUACCAUUAAAUGGCUGGAUGCCAACACCUUGGCUGAGAAAGAGGAAUACGACGACAAAAUGAAGGAUCUGACAAAGAUCUGCACUCCCAUCAUGACUAAACUGCAUGGAGCCGGGCCAUCGUGUGGACAACAGGCUGGAGGUUUUGGUGGCCAAGGCAGAAGUGGUCCCACCGUUGAGGAGGUGGACUAAAAAAUUCAAAAUAUGAUUAAAUCUUAAUGACUGAAUAUUCAAUAAUUAGAUAAACAAAUUCACAAAAACAUUGCCAAAACGUUACUCAUUGCCAUUUUAGAUUUUAAGUAGAUUAUUCUAUGUUAAGUUAAUUUAAGUAGAA